AUGGAGCUGGAGAAAGUCACAGAUGGGUUCAAGGAAGAACUCGGGAGGGGUUCCUGUGGCACUGUUUAUAAAGGCCUGCUAGAGUCGGAUCGUGCAAAUUUUGUGGCAGUGAAGAGGUUAGAUAAAGUGGUGAAAGAAGCUGAGAAGGAAUUCAAGACCGAAGUGAGUGCAAUAAGCCGAAUUCAUCAUAAGAAUCUGGUCGAAUUGAUAGGAUUUUGCGAUGAGGGGCCCCACCGGCUGCUGGUGUAUGAAUAUAUGAGCAAUGGCUCUUUGGCAAGCUUCCUCUUUGGCAGUUCAAGGCCUAGCUGGAACCAAAGAACACAGAUUGCAAGAGGGCUCACAUACUUGCACGAGGAGUGCGGGAACCAGAUCAUCCAUUGCGACAUAAAGCCCCAAAAUGUAUUAUUAGAUGACAACUUCACAGCUAGGAUUUCUGACUUUGGGCUAGCAAAGCUUCUCAGGACUAACCAGACUCAAACUACCACAUACAUCAGAGGGACCAGAGGAUACGUCGCACCUGAAUGGUUCAAGAACAUGGCAGUCACUGCAAAGGUGGAUGUACAUAGUUUCGGUGUUAUGUUGCUGGAGAUUAUCUGCUGCAGGUCGAACGUUCUCCAUAUACAACUAAAACAUAUUGUAAACUCACGGUUCUAA